AUGGCAGCGAGGAUUAAGGUCCACGAGCUCCGGGGGAAGUAGGCGGAGCUGUUGAACCAGCUGAAGGACCUCAAGGCGGAGCUCGCCCUCCUCCGCGUCGCCAAGGUCACCGGCGGAGCCCCCAACAAGCUCUCCAAGAUCAAGGUGGUGAGGCUCUCGAUCGCGCGGGUGCUGACGGUGAUCUCUCAGACAAAGCAGGUGCUGAGGGAGGCAUACAAGAACAAGAAGUACCAGCCGCUCGAUCUCCGCCCCAAAAAGACUCGCGCCAUUCGCCGCCGACUCACCAAGUACCAGGCUUCAUUGAAGACCGAACGACAGAAGAAAAAGGAGAUGUACUUCCCAAUGAGGAAGUAUGCCAUUAAGGCAUAGAUUAGGUUAUUAUUUAGACUUGUCUUUUUCGUUUAAGUGGCUGUCCUCUGGGAUCCAAUUUUUGUCAUGUGUUUUAUGGAUUAGCAAUCCUGUUUAGUACCAUGCUUUGGGUUUAUGACAUACAAAAUGCUAGUUGUCUUUUCUGGGAUUCAGAUAAGUUUGAUGUUUGAUUUUUGAUUUUUGAUUCA